AAACUUAAAAUCAUCAGUAACUUGUUGACAGCCAACAUGAUCGUGUUACUUUUAUUAUCAGUUGUCAUAAUCUUAGUUUACGUUUAUUUCAAUGGAAAAUAUAACGAGAACUAUUGGAAAAAACGUGGCGUGCCAUAUUACGAAGACAACAAAGUUUUGGGACCUUAUUGGGACUUUUUGACGGGUGACCGUGCAUUGUUCCAGAUAUUUUAUGAUAUCUACAAGAAGUACCCGAACGCUCCGGCCGUGGGAAUCGGAUCACUUGUCACGCCAUCUCUAUAUGUGACAGAUCCGACGAAUGUCCAUGCUGUGAUGCAAACUGAUUUCGCGUCGUUCAGUGAUCGUGGAUUUGAGAAGAACGAAAGUGACAUUUUAGCUGACAACAUAUUGUUUAUGCACGGGAGGCGAUGGAAACUGAUGCGACAACUCAUGACACCACUAUUCACUGCCGCGAAACUAAAGAACAUGUACUAUAUUGUUGAUAAAAGUGCGCUGGACUUCGUGGAUUAUUUGAAGAGUAACCCUGAUACGUGGGAAAGGAAUACUUUUGAUACGCUCACGACAUUUUGCUGUGCUGCCAUAGGAGCUGCAGUUUUUGGAAUUGGUGAACAAUCAACCUACGAUUCUCCAUUCCUAAAGAUAACCAGAGCAGCUUUCUAUCCAUCCUGGUGGAGCAACAUAAGGUUUUCAAUAUCCAAUUUAUCAUCAACUGUAUUCAAACUAUUAAAUCUGAAAUAUUUCUCGGACUAUGAAAAAUUCUUUAUUGGUGCCAUCAAGCAAUUGUUAAGACAAAGGGAACAGGAGAAAACUAAAAGACACGAUUUCGCUGACAUAUGCAUACAAAUACAGAAGAAUGGAGCUAUGAAAGAUGGUGAAACUGGUUAUGAAGUGAUACCAACAGAUGAACUAUUGGCUGCUCAAGCAUUUUUUUUCUACGUAGCUGGUGUCGAACCAACCGCUACUGCAAUAUUUGCUGUGCUCAUCCAAUUAGGAAAACAUCCGGAUAUAUUAAAACGAGUGCAAAAUGAAAUUAUAGAUGUGUAUGCAAAAUACAAUAAACAAUUAACCUAUGACGCAAUAUCAGAGAUGCAAUAUUUAGACAAGGUGUUUAAUGAAUCUUUAAGAAUAUUUCCUCCGAUAGGAUUCCUGACUAGAAGAUGUGUUCGCGACACGGUGUUGCCUGUUGGUAAUAUUAAAGUUAAAAAGGGGACUAGGAUGUACACUGCGAUAUAUGAGAUACACCACGACCCUAGAUAUUAUGAAUAUCCAGAAGUGUUUGAUCCGGAGAGAAAUUUAAGUGAUCAGAAAAGUGAGUUUUAUAUGCCGUUUGGAAAUGGAGGAAGGAUAUGUAUAGGUGCAAGAUUUGCGAAACUUCAAGCUAAAUCAGCUUUAGCACAUGUGUUGCGUAACUUUAAUAUAGAAACAGUGGAGCAUAAAGGUGGGUUGAGAUUCGGGAAAGAUCAAGUACAACUUAGAAUGAAGAACGUUGAUAUCAAGUUUACGCCUAGAUAUUAAGAAAUUAUUUUAAGUGAACACAGAAAACAAGGCAGGCCUAUUUAGUACUAGAUGGUUGAAUGAAAUUAGAUUGCGAAAAAAGGAUAAAUGGAAUAGACCAAAGACAUGGAUAAAUGGAAGCCAUGGAUUUAAUAAGUACUUCGAGAGUUGGGAGGCAAAAGUAUGCAGUGGAACGUGUUGUAACGUGGAGAUACUCUUAUAAAAUAUACAUA